AUGAUUGCCGUCUUGCAGCGCUCGCGCGCUGCGCUGCUGCAUGUGCUGCACGCGCAGCCGCUGCCUCAGCACCCCGCAGCCCGCUUCGCCGCGUCGUCAUCCACUGGCGCCGGCGCAGACGCCGCGGAUCAGCAGUCGCAGCAGUGCCUAUACACGAUCCUGGGCGUAGGCAAGGCCGCCGACCAGGCGGAGGUCAAGGCGGCGUUCCGCCGCAUGGCAAAGCGCGUGCAUCCAGACGUCCUCAAGAGCGGCCGCGGCCACGGCCACGGCCACCACAGCGGCGCAGGCGGCGCACCCGCGGCGCCGGCGUCCCAGCAGCAGGCGGCGGUGGCGUUCCUGCGGCUUGUGGAGGCCUAUGAGGUGCUGUCGGACCCAGAGAGGCGCAAACUGUAUGACGCGUCGGUCGACGCCGGCCUGCCCGGAGUGCUCCGCGCUGCCGCAUCGUCCCGCGCCGCGCCGCACCCGCACGCGCAGCACCCUGACCCGCCGCCCGGCCCCGGCCCCGGCCCCGGCUGGCGGUUCGGGUGGGACGGCUGGGCGCGCGACGGGCCGGCGCGCGGGGCGCCGGUGGCGCGGCGUGACUUUGGGCGGGGUGGCGUGAUGGAUGCGUUGCAUCGGUACCGGGAGACGCUGGAAUCGGACCUCCAUUCCGCGCUGCUGCACGCCUUUUUCGGGCCCAGGCUGGCCGGCUUGCAGCCUGGGGAGCUGCCGCCCGCGUUUGAAGCAGAGGAGCGCAGCAGCCCAGGCGCGAGCACUGAUUUGUUGCAGAUAGUCUCAGGCCGCACCCUCCUGGGCUGCGUGCGGCUGCGGCGCGCCGCGCUGCUCGACGCCGCCGACGGCGCCGCGCCCGCACUGCCGCGGGCGCAUCCGGCGCUGCCGGCAGCCGCUGGCGGCGGCGCGGUCGCUGAGUUGGCGGCCGGCAGGAGCAGUGUGGCGGCUGCUGCUGAAGUGUUGCUGCAGGACGGGCAGCUGACGCGGACGCAGAUGGAGCAGCUGCUUGGUGCGGGGGCAGAGAGUUUAGCAGGGUGGGCGGCGGCGGCCGACGCAGACGGCGGCCGCUCGAGCGGAGCGGAGGGCGAAGCAGGGAAUGCGGCUCGGCGCUCGAAUGCCGGCGCCGCCAGCAGCGGCGAGGGCGGCGGCAGCGGGCCCCCCCAGCGGGGGCCGUUUCGCUGGUACAGCGGUAUAGUGUACAUCGACGAAGAUAGCGACGAGAGCGACUGCGAGUCGGGGCCGGGCGGCAGCGGCGGCGGCGGCGGCGGCGGCGGCGGCGGCGGCGGCGGCGAGCCAGGGCGCGAGCGUUGGGCCGGGCAGGAGCAGCGCUGGCGCGCGGCGCUGACAGAGGCGCACGCCCUGCGCCUGAGCUACGACUGGGCGGCGCCGCAGCUUGAGGCAGCGGGGACGGCGGCAGCCGCGGCGGCGGGGCUGCUGCCGCCGGCGGAGCAGGGCGGGAUGGAUGAGGGACAGCUGCUGGUGGAGACGCUGGGCGGGGCGGUUGCAGGGGAAGGCGAGGGGGCGCAGGAGCAGGAGCAGGGGCGAGGCGCUGCGAGCAUCGGUGCCGCCAGCCUGGGGCGCGAGUGGGAGGAGCGGCACGGGGGCGGCGGCGGCGGCGGCAGGGGCGGCGCGGACGAUGCCCGCGGCUGUGCAGCCGGCGGUGUGCGCCCGUCGAGUCUUCUGAGGCGUGGGACUCUGGGCACCGCCGAAGGCGCGUCCGAGAUCAUCUGGGGCGGCGCCGGCGCCGCGCCCCUUGCAGAGGCCGCCUCCGCCGCCGAGGCGCUGCGGCGGCGUCAGGAGGAGCCCAGCCAGCGGCACCAGAAGCAGCAGCAGCAGCAGCAGCAGCAGCAGCAGCAGCAGCAGCAGCAGCAGCGGCACCACCCCCAGCAACGGCACCACCAGACGCAACAGCAGCAGCCGCAUCAGCAGCAGCAGGAGCAAGAGCAGGAGCAGGAGCAGGAGCAGCCGCAGCAGCCGCAGCAGAAAUUGUGGCCGCGCCGCUGGCUCCGGCGCCGCCUGUUCAACCGGCGGCCCAGCGCUGACUGGACGAGCUGCAGCUGGGGCUUCGACGACCUCACAGAUGGCGCCACGGUGGUUGAAGCUGCGCUGGGGCCGCCGGGGGCCCAGGGGGUGGUGGCGGUGGCGGUUCGGGACGAGGCGCAGCCUCAGAAGCCCGUCAAGCUGGCUCCCGCCAUCGGCCGCGUGGCUGUUCCCGCCGCGCGACGCGGCGCAUGA